AUGGACACUCAUUCCCAUUAUGUCCACGCCCAACAAUCAGUUUCGCCCACAGACUUUUACAACGGCCACAAUGGUCUAGCACUGACUUCUCCCGCGCCACCAGUCCAUGCGGUGGGUCCGCGAAGCUACAAGUCGAGAAAGUACAGACCCUGUGAUUUCUGUCGUGCGAGGCAAGUUGCGUGUAAAAUCGACGACAGCCCGCCAUGCAAUCUGUGCUCAGCUCACGGCCGAGAAUGCACCUUUCUCGAGCGGCCAAAAAAGAAGAGGAGGCCGAAUCCAUCGGUGGGCAAUGGUGAGGCUAGUGGCAUAACAGCUUCAGCUCCAAUCCAGCAGUUCGAUGUCUCAUCGACGCCAUUGAGCCCGGGCUUCCUCGCGCAGUACAACCAGGAGCAGCAGUCCUACAAUGCACUGAAUGGCCACCAUGACGGUCUCCCUGUUCAUUCCUCCCCCGACCAGUUACACUUGAGCCAGACUGAUGCCUCGCCGAUGUUCAAUAUGGAUCCGUAUCUGCUGGCAGGAGGAAUACGGAUUGCGCCUCUGGAUACGCAGACAGCACGCUCGGCACGCUUCAUUGGAGAAACUGGGGAAUCCAAUCCAUACUUGUUGAAAUACUACAAGUAUGACACCAAUGAUGAGUGUACCAUAUCGAAGUUGACAUACCGACGGAUAAAGAGUUCUUUGCAUCCAGAUGGCUUGUCAGACGAGAAAGUAGAGCCGCCAGUGGUCUUCAUGCUAGCGGAUGAUAGCCUAGCUCAGAAGGGUGAACCACGUAUUGAAGAUGAUGUCCUGCAAAAGUCACGUACGGAGAUAGAGAGCAUGUUCAGUGAGCAAGAAGCUCUGCGAUUGAUUGGCCUCUUCUUGCGAUUUGUAUACCCAUACUUUCCUAUUCUGUCUAAGAGCGAGCUUUGCCCAAACGGAGCAGUAUCACCCUCCGUGCUACAAACAUUACCACUUUCUCUUCUAUCUGCCAUAUAUGCAACCUCUCUGCCAUUUAUGCUAUACGAUGAUCUACUCAGUACGACACUCAUACACUCUCCUCCGCCUGCACAUCAGCUGUUUCGGAUAACAUGGUUAUUUGUUAUCCAAGAGCUUCAUACCCCAAGGCUAGCUACCUUGCAAGCAUGUCUUCUGCUCCUACAAAGAGCGCCCACGAAUCGCUACACGACAGACACGCCUUGGAAGAUGAGUCUGGUGGGAUGGACUGUCAGUUUAGCCCAUUCAUUGGGCCUUCAGAAAGAAUGUAGUGACUGGAGCAGUAUCCCGACAUGGGAGAUGAGUCUUCGGAAACGACUUUUCUAUGGUGUAUUCAUUAUGGAUAAAUGGGCGUCCUUGGGUGCGGGUAUGCCAAGUCAUAUUAAAACAGACGACUUUGAUGUCCUCCCUCUUACCGAUACCGACCUCGAACCGCCAUCUCUCGACCCAGGUCCCAAUGCUCUCCCUGGCUUCUUAGAACCAGAAGCUGAUAAUAAUCACUUUCGACUCCUCACGGAGUUGACGAUUAUCCUUAGUGAUAUCAUGGAUUCUUACUACUCUAUCCGAGCAACGCAGCGGACAUCCAAAAACUUCACCCUGUCCUUGGACCUUGCUCGCUCUCUCCGUAAAGGAUUGACAGAUUGGAAAGACUCGUUACCCCCUGCUCUUUCCAUGCGGCAGGCUGGUCGUGAUAGUCGGAUAAAUGGGAAUCCAUCACUUUCAUUGGCGUACAUCGUUGCCACGAUGACCCUCUUCCGAGCACUCUUACGGCCGUUGGAGAAUCUUUCGAGCGCUGAAGAGCAGGAACGAAGUAUUGUGGAGGGGCGACUUGCUGUCAGAGCUGGCGCGAAAGAAUGCGCCAAAGAAGUCGUGGAAUUUGUGGAGAAUCUCGGACGAGGAGCCUUGGAUGCGUUUUGGCAUUCAUGGUCACGAGCAAAUUUCGCUAUCGCCUCUUCCUUCCUCAUGCAACUCCUUGUCACGUCCCAAAACGAGCUUGAAACGAACGAGAUCAAUAGUCUGGUAGCGCGCUGGAGGUGGGCCAUGCGGAUUGGGAGUGGGAGUACUGGGAACGGACUGAUGAGUUUGGGAUUGUUACGAUUAGAUGGUCUGCUUUUGGAGAAUGGGACGGGUCAUCCUUCUGUUGGAUGA